AGGCGCUCGUGCUGCAUGCGCCCUCACAGCAUAGACAGAUUUCGGUGGGGCGAAGCACAUGGGGGGAACAGGUUUGGCGCUUCCUCUUAGGAGACACUAUUCAAGAUGGCCGAGAUCAAUGACUACGUGAGGGACUUCUACAACUCCACUGCUGUCAAAUGUGACUUCAUCUGCGCAGUCAACGACUGGGACCUGACGCCAUCCAUCAAGAACAUCGUGUCUCAGAUGCACCCAGAGACGAUGAAGAGGUAUUAUGGUUCAGGGCUUGUAAUUCCCGAAGGCAUUGAAGGAAAGCGUGUCCUUGACAUUGGGUGUGGUUCUGGCAGCCUCGUUUUCAUCCUCAGCAAAUUAGUUGGACCAACCGGAAGUGUUGUGGGCAUGGAUUUAACCCCAAAUCUUAUUUCCGAAGGAAAGAACAGGGAGGACUAUCACCGCGAUAGAUGGGGAUACAACAAGAAAAACACGGAAUUCUUCGUAGGCAACGCCGAGAACCUUUCCGAGUUGAAAGAUCAGAGUUUUGACAUCAUUGUAUCCAAUGGUGUGUUUUGUUUGGUACCCAACAAAGACAACGCGUUCGCCGAAGCCUUCAGAUUAUUGAAGCCUGAUGGCGAAUUCUACCUGAACGAUGUGUACGGUGAGAAACCAGCCCCUUCUGACAUGACGGACGACCUUAAAGCUUGGGAUCUGGGCCUGACUGGAUCCCAGCUUCCAGAUGAAUUCCUUGCCUCGUCCAAGAAAGCAGGAUUCACCACUCCCUACCUCACAUGUGUCGGCCCUGUCAAUCUCAGCGAGGCCUACAAGGCCAGGCUACGCGGAAGAAGGUACAUUUGCGCGGGCAACCGGAUAUUCCGUUUGGGAAGCGGAACUAACAGAGGGCCGGCUUCGGUGACGUACAAAGGAAACAUCCAAGGUCAUGAGUCAGAGUUCAAAUGGGACAUCAAUCUGACCUUUAAGACUGGGGAAUCCGUAUCGGUAGACGAGGAACUUGCCACAAUUUUGGCCCAAACUCGCUACAGUGCAUUCUUUGACCUGGCAGACGCUAUCGGUUCUGUCAACACUCUGCGGGGUCAAAACCCCUUCACAUACCUGGACCAGAUACAAUCUCAGGGGAAAUGUCCUCCCCAUAUCUACACAGUGGAGUAGGAUGACGCUGGCCAGCAGAUGCUGCAGGAAUGGAAAACGUCUUUGCACUCGUGCACGUCUAGCAGAAACUUAUUACCAGUUAUUCGUAACGGAAUACUGCUUUAUGACCGCGUUACUGACUCGAGAUUUCAGCUAUCCAGGUAGAUAAACUCGUUGCCGUUGGGACACUGGCUAUUUUAUUAAGAAAUGCUUACGAAUUCUCAUUCAAGCGCAAACUUAACCCUGUAAUCACCGUUCUUUCAUAAUUAAAACCAGCAUAUUUUCUUAUCCUA